AUGAACUGGAUGAACGUUGAGGAGACGCUCCGCAGGGCCGAGACGCCUCUCUUCUGGGUCGGCGCAUUGACUGUGGCCUCUCUGGCGCUGUGGCUGCUCUACAGGCUGCUCUCAGGCUUUAGGAUCUGGGUCUUGGGAAACGGGCGGCUGCUCUCUCCGAAACUGGGCAAAUGGGCAGUUGUGACGGGAGCCACGGAUGGAAUCGGGAAAUCCUAUGCGGAGGAGCUGGCUCGUCGAGGAUUUGCCAUGAUGUUGAUCAGUCGCUCCCAGGACAAGCUGGAUGACAUGGCCAGGUCACUUGAGGAGCAGUUUAAAGUGGAGACCAGGACCAUUGCAGUUGACUUUGGCAAGGCAGACAUCUACUCCAAGAUUGAGACGGGGCUGAAGGGUCUAGAGAUUGGUGUUCUGGUCAACAAUGUUGGUGUGUCCUACCCUUACCCCGAGUACUACCUCCAUAUUCCUGAUCUGGACAAUUUCAUCACAAAUAUGAUCAACGUUAACAUGACCUCAGUGUGCCAGAUGACCCGUCUGGUGCUGCCCAGAAUGGUUAAGAGAUCCAAAGGAGUUAUCCUCAACAUCUCCUCAGCCAGCGGCAUGUACCCUGUCCCUCUGCUUACAGUCUAUUCUUCCACAAAGGCCUUCGUGGAUUUCUUCUCUCGUGGCCUUCAGGAGGAGUAUAGGCGUCAGGGCAUCAUCAUUCAGAGCGUGCUGCCCUUCUUCGUGGCCACUAAAAUGACUCGUAUCAGGAAACCCACCCUGGACAAACCAACCCCAGAGCGCUAUGUGGCAGCUGAACUCAACACUGUGGGUCUGCAGAGCCAGACUAAUGGCUAUUUCCCCCACGCUGUCAUGGGUUGGUUCACCACUAAGCUGGUGCCAAGCAACAUCGUCAUCUUCUUUGCAGCUAGAAUGAACCGUCUGCAACGUACCGGAUACCUGCAGAGGAGAAAGCUCCGGGAGCAGAAGAAUGGAGCAAACUUCAAGAGUGACUAGGAAAGACGGGUGACGAAUAUGCAGGCAGCAACUCUGUUCUGACCCGGUGAAGCAUUAAAGGAAAAGAGAGAUUGUGUUUUGUAUCUGUGUGACUGCUCCUACAGUUGCCUGAGGUUUCACUUUUUUGUUCCUUCAGUAAAUAUGCACAUCAAAGUAUGUGUAUGACUUUGUGAUUUGUCCCAAGAGAAAUGGCCAAGUAAGACGGGGGGAUAAUAAUAAAAUUGCUGCUCUUGGCAAAUACCAUUAAUACUUUUUGUCACUGACACUGAUGGUGGAAAUAUACAACCAAAAAUGAUUUGUUUACCCUGCUGUUGUAAGCAGUGGAAAAUGGUGGUGGGCAUCUUUUUUUAUAUAUGUAUAAUUAUUUAUUUUAUAUUCGUAUGAACACACGAGCCAAACUCAGACCUUUUAGACUAGCUUUCAACCUGUUUACAAAUCAUUGAGCCAUUUAAAGAUGGCUACUUCCUAUGUUUGUUUACGGAACUAUUAUCGGCAUGCAUUGGUUUUUUUUGUUUUGUUUUUUUCUAUAACAUUGUGUGUUUACAGUAUAUUUAAAAAGUUACUUUGUGGUGGGUUGUUUUUGCACAAAUGACUUGUUCUAAACCAAAGAGUUUUCAUAGUUAUCAUUCACUGUUGCAUUAAACAAAAGUGCCUUUCUACUGACAUUAAUGCUGGAAAUGGUCAGAUUCAGUGAUCGGGUAUCGACUGGUUAAAACUGUGUUAUGGAAGGAUGUAAUUCAACUGGUGCUAUGUCCAUGUGAAUGACACGGUUGCUUAAUUUUCUGCCUAUUUUAAUCAAAAUGUAAACCUUUCACAGAUGAAGGAAACCUAAUUUUGUACAUCCGGUGUGUUUUGAAAGGAUUUCAAAGGGAUUGAGAAUAUUUUACAUCAUUACUGUAGCUGUGGUUUCACAUUUACUUACAGACUAGUUCACAUUCUACCAAAUGUUUGCUGCAAAACAAGAGAACUGUUCUUCUUAAUACAGUUGGUGCACAAUUGAAUACUCCAUAUGAUUUGGUCUGACCUGUUCCUCAACUAAGCUGCCUUGUGAAUGCUUUUCCUCUGUAAAGAGUGUUUUAAUAUGCUUGGAAAUUAAAAUUUGAAUUUCUACAUGUAAAAUGCA